AUUAAAACCGUUGGCGGAACGAGGUCGCGGUUGAGAAAACUGUAUUAUAAACGCAUUAUGUAUGCGAAGGGAUGACUUGAUCGAAACACAUGAAAACGGACCGUGGCAAAGGACGAAGGUGAAUAAUAUUAUCCUCAAAAUAAGAAUAAAUCGCGUUAUGCGCGUGCUGCGGCGCUACUACCGGAAGCGGACGUCAGCCUCGGAUCUUCGGGGCGCGAUCGAGCUGGGAAACUACUCGGCGGCGAAGCGGUCGAUUACGCGCAACCGACGCUUGGCUCACCAUCCCACCGGCCGGGCGGCCGACCAUCCGGUGCACGUGGCCGCGCAGUCCACCCACCAGCGCAUCGUCCGGUUGCUGCUGAACCGCGGUGCCGACCCCAACACCGGAAACAAGUACAUGAAGACGCCUGCGCGUUUGUGUAUGUUGCACUGCAGACAUCAAGUGAUCGGGCUGCUCAUUGGUCACGGCACCGACUCGGCCGUCAUGGACAGUGCUGACCACAAGCCGUCGAACUUGGCUACGUUGAUGAACGAAAAACGAUGUUUAAACGUACUGACAGACUGCGACAUUCCGAAAAGCGUAGUUAACAAGGCGUUUUACAAAGCCGCGAUGCGAGACAACACUAUACUGAUGAAUAAGCUGCUCAACCGCGGAGCAGACAUAGAAUACAAGGACGCGUCGACAGGACUCACGGCACUGCUGUUGGCCACGAAGAGAAAGCACGUGAGGGUAGUGCAAUUCUUGCUGGAGAAGGGUGCAGAUCUCGCAGUACACGACCUAUACGGUUGGACGUGCCUACAUUUCGCCGUAUUUUACGAGUUCCCCGUCCAGAUCCUACAGACGAUGGUAUUGCGAACUAACGACCGAAAACUGAUCGACUUCCGGACGUACAAACAGGAAACGGCGCUGCACUUGGCCGCCAAACGGGGAAACGAGGAGGCGGCUGCGGUGUUGCUCCGGGCUGGCGCCAGCAUAGACAUCUUCGAUCACAAGUCCCGAACGCCGCUGUUGACCGCGCUGCACUGGCAAAAAGAUACGGUGGCCAGGCUGAUGGUGUUAGCGGGAGCCUGCGUGAACCGUACGCCCGGCUCUUCUCGGGCGCCUCUGCAAUUGGCCGUCGCCCGCAACAACGUGUCGCUGAUGCGGCUCAUGCUCGAACACGGCUCCGUUGUCGUGGAUCUGUACAACGACGACCUGGAUUGGACGGUUAUUCAUUCGGCCUGUGAGUCUG